CAAAGCAAUGACGCCAGAUGAGAGGUACGAAUCGGCAAAGGUGCACCGCUAUUGCAUCAAUUACCUGGCCACGUCCCACGUGACCGGCGCAUGUGGGUCGCACGAUAAUUGCCACCGAUGUGGUAAAGCGCACCACACCAUGCUACACCGCUCCGUCUCUCCACCGCCAGAGCGCCGCCGCCGUGAGGAGCCUCGUGGGAAAUCAAGCCGCCAAGGGAUAUCGUCGACCAGUAAGGCCGUGCAAAAGCCACCCAAGAAACGCAAAGGCCGUACAGACAUCCAGCAGCUGGCUGUCUUGACGCUAGAGAAACUGAAACAGCUGCUCAAUAAUGCUUCGGCACAGGCGGGCCGCCAUGUAGAGAACAUGACUUCAAAUUUAAUUGAAUUUUAAUUAUUGUCAAAUCUAUUUGUCUUGCGAUGAAUUCCAAUACUGUCAAAUGAAUUGCAUG